AUGGUGUCAGAGGAAGGACCUCUUUACCCGCACCGGGCCAAGUGCGCAGGCAUGCCGCGAGGACGCCCCGCGAAGAAGCCUCGCUACACGGAGCCCGAGACCGACUCCGAGUCGGCUACUUCCGCCGAUGCCUUAGGCUUAGAGCACAUUUCCGAGGAAUCGGCAAGCGAGGAGGAGACCGAGAGAGUCCACAACCAGCCGGUUAAGAAAGCAGCCAAGUCGGUCAAGAAAACAGCCAAGAAGCCGGCCAAAGAGCAGUCCCUCGGCGCCCCAACCGACAAGGACACCGAGUCCGAGUCCGAGUCCGAGAGCGAAGACGGACAAGACAGCAGCGCCAGCGAAGACGAGAUGGUCACCGCGGCCAUCGAGGACGACGCCUCAGAGUCAGAGGCAGAGGACCGGAUCAAGGUGCCGGAGGAGCUUCGUCCCCUGCUACGGGACCUUGCCAACGUGCUGAACUUCAUCGCGCGUGCCAAGAAGGAGGGAAUCGACCCGGAAGACCCCGAGGCCGUCGGCGAGGCCUGCGAGCGCUGGAGAUUUGAGGGGCUGACGCCCGAGGACGUCGCGCGGGAGAAAUCCGAGAUCGUCAUGAAGAAGCUGCUGGAGAUCUCGGUGGCCAAGCUGUGCGAGUUGAUCCCGAAGGCCAAGAAACUGCAGGUUGACCUUCGCGAGUCUGGGAGUAUCACGCUUACUGGGAGGGACGUCCGUCCUGACGGGCCGGAUGCAGAUGACUACGAGAAGUACAAAGGUCUGCCGUUGUCGGAAUGGCCACUGGAUCGGUUUUUUGGAGCGGACGCUUAG